AGGAUUUUGAAACUCGAUGUCACUCAAAUAAAAUUUUAUAAACAAAUCAUGGUUUAUCUUUAACGAUACGUAAGAGCUGAUAACUUGUAAACAGCACAAUAUAAUUUUUAAAUAGGGCACAGUUUUAUUACAGUUUUUGAAAUUUUACAUAUAACGAUGGAAUUAUUUACAAAGCGGUCAACAUUGCAAUUGUCAUCAAAAAUUAGCAACUGUGUUAAAAGGUAUGCAUCGAGACAAUAUAGCGAUUUCGUAAGAAUAGUUGAAGUUGGACCUCGAGAUGGGUUGCAGAACGAGAAGAAGAUAGUACCUGCUGAAGUGAAGGUCGACUUCAUCAAUAAACUGUCAGCAACCGGAUUGAAGAGUAUUGAGGUUACUAGUUUUGUAUCUCCAAAAUGGGUUCCUCAGAUGGCAGAUAACGCACAAGUUUUUCAGCAAAUUGAGAAGAGAAACGACAUAUCUUACCCAGUACUUAUACCAAAUCUGAAAGGUUUAGAAAAUGCUGUUGCAGUAGGUGUAAAAGAAGUUGCUGUAUUCAUUACAGCAUCAGAGGCCUUUUCCAAAGCAAACGUAAACUGUUCCAUCGAGGAGACUGCAAAGAAUUCUAAGCGCGUCAUAGAAGAGGCAAAAAAGCACAAUAUUAAGGUCAGGGGUUAUGUAUCUUGUGUUGUUGGCUGUCCUUACGAAGGUGAAAUCAAACCAGCCGCCACAGCACAUGUGGCUUCAACAUUGUUAGAGCAUGGAUGUUAUGAAAUUUCCUUGGGCGACACUAUAGGCGUAGGGUCGCCGAAUAAAAUUAAACGUGUUUUAGAUGAGUUACGCUAUGUUUCUUCUAAUGAUAUGAAUUAUUAUGCUCUACAUUGUCAUGACACAUAUGGACAGGCUUUGGCAAAUAUAUAUGCAGGUCUUGAAGAAGGUAUAAGAGUCUUGGAUUCUUCAGUUGCUGGACUUGGUGGAUGUCCUUAUGCUGCUGGUGCUUCAGGAAAUGUUGCCACUGAGGAUCUGUUAUACUUUUUAAGAGGACAAGGAAUGGAAACUGGUAUAAACUUUGAUAAAAUUGUGGAAAUUGGAGAUUACAUUAGUAAACAAUUAGACAGAGCAAAUCAAUCAAAGACUGGACUGGCUGUACUUGCCAAAAAGAGUCGCGAAAAGUGCUAGUUAUAUAAUAUUUAGAUCUCAUUCAAGUUGAAGGUAUACAACCAAAAUAUUUUUUACAUUCCAUAUAAUAAUUGUUAAA